CCUUCGCAUUCCAAAGUUGUACCAACAGCAUCGCUUCACCGCAGAUCGAUCACUGCAGUCAACGGUUUGCAUGGACAGUUGGUUUUAUGAGCAUCCAACGCAUUUUGUUACAUCGUCAUGUCCAAUCCUGCGACACCGUCAUCGCGGAAACAUUUGCCCGUAGAACAAAAGUCAACUUCCGGUAGCAGUGGUCGUCAUAAUCCAAAUUUACAAAUGGAUACUUCAUCUCCAUAUUCCACGCAACCCGCAGCGCUUCCUGUUAAACUCAUCCGUCCACGCAAUCGCCUGCAGUCUUCCAAAGAUGUCAGACCAUUGUGGGAUCCGUCGGAAUCCAACGGCCUCCAGACCGUCAUCGAAGAAACCAUCCCAGAAGAGGACAUUCCAGUCUAUCCCAGUAAAAGAGGGCGAUUGAAUACAGGGAACGAAGGCGAUGCGCCGACAUUGAAUCCCAGCCCACCAUUAAGCUUAUCGGAUGUUAUUAUCCCCAGCGAUAAUCCCGAACCGGAAGUAAACAAAGCGCAGUCUACGUUUUCACCACGUAUUCCUGUGGUUAAUUUAAUUGCCAUGAAUAACGCUGCGAAAAGUAAUGCACCCGGUGCGGCCUCGUUUUCCAACGUCCCUGUCGUGGAUGUUACCGAGGAAGAUGUUCCCGUAUCGGGAAGUACAGGAGUUUUCCUGCUGGAAUCCUGUCUCACGGGCAGCUGGACAUCGGUGGAGAACCAGCUAAAAAUUCUGGACAAGGCUUUUCGUAAGGAUGGGAAGCGGGAUGACAUUGUGCAGGCUGUCAACCUUGCGGACGAGGAGAACGGCUACACAGCGCUAAUGUUAUGCGCCAAAGAGAGCAAAAUGGGCGAUGUUGCAGUGCUAGUGAAAUUCGGAGCACAGAUAAAUGCUGUUUCUAAGGCAGGAGAGACGGCAUUACAUAUUGCAACACAAUAUGCCAAAGAUGAAAUGGUCCGAUCACUCGUAACCUUUGGUGCCGAUGCAACAAUUCCUGAUGGCAAAAGAAGCCAGCUGCCGUUACAUAUGGCCUGUCUAAGAAAGAUCGCUGCUUGGCCCUUGGUACAGUUUCUGAUACCCCAUUCUGGAAGAGAAGGUCGAUUGGCUGAAGACAAGGACGGAUAUCUUCCGGUCUGGUGUGCUGCACUGGAGCCUAAUGUGCAUGUUGUGAAAGAACUCCUUACGGAUCUCAUAAUGGAGCAGCUGACCUACCAAAACAAGCAACAAAAUGGUGACACUUUAAUGCAUUUCGUACUGCGACGAAAGGAUACGGAGACACUACGGGUGUUAAUAGAUGCAGGCGCACCCGUUGACAUUCAAAAUUUCGAUGGACAGACCCUUCUCCACAUUGCUUCCCAAACGCAUAAUGACUCUGCACUGGCGUUAUUGCAUAACCACCGAGCCAAUCCGGAACUUGUUGAUAGGUUCGAAAGAACACCGCUGCAUUUAGCGGUCGAAAAUGGAAGCACAACAGUCGUAGAGGUUCUUACUGAAAAAUUCAAAGGGUCAAUCAUGGCCAGAACAGCUGAUGGAAGUACCUUAGCGCAUCUGGCUGCGCUAACGGGACAUCCAGAAGCCACAUUAGCAUUGUUGCGGAGAGGAGUGCCGCUUAACAUGCCUAACAAAGCCGGUGCACUGGCGUUACACGCAGCAGCUCGAGCAGGUCACGCAAAAGUUAUCGGAAUUUUAAUUGAAAAUGGAUCGCCGGUUGAUGCAAAGACCAACGACAAUUAUACACCGUUACAUCUGGCUGUGGAAUAUGGCAAACCGCAAGUUACGGAAGCGCUUCUGGGAUACGGAGCGUCCGUUGAUAUCAAAGGGGGUGCAGCGGAAGAGACAGCGCUGCACAUUGCUGCUCGAGUACCUAAUGGUGAGCUGUGCGCGGAAAUGCUAAUCAAAUCAGGUGCGGAUGUGAAUGCGACAAUGGAGAACGGAGAAACAGCGCUCCAUGUGGCGGCGCGGUAUGGAGCACUGCGGAUGAUACAGAUCUUGUUGGCCGAGGGAGCCGAGACGUCGGCCGUAAGCAAAGGCGGCGAGACGCCGCUGCACGUGGCUGUCCGUAGCUGCAAUUACUAUGUUGCCAAAGAAUUGCUGGAACAGUCGGCCAGUCAAAGAUCCAAAUCGGAUGCGGCGGGGAUGGUCAAUGCCCAGAAUCUAGAAGGCGAAUCAGCUAUGCACUAUGCGGCAGAACUGGCCCCAGAUAUGAUCCACUUCGAGCACGAAGAUGUGAAACUGGUACAGCUUUUGCUGGAUUUCAGCGCCGAAAUUGGUAUACAAACAAAAAUGAGUUUAGAAACGCCUCUACAUUACUGUGCUCGAUGUGGAAACGUCGAAAUACUUACGGCGAUCGUUAAGUACUUAGGACCUGCUAAAUUCCAACUGGCUGUCAAUAAACAAGCGAAGAAUGGAUGGUCGCCAUUGUUGACAGCGUCGGAACACGGUCACGAGGAAAUUGUCAAACAGCUUUUGCGAAACAAUGCUCGGGUGGAUGUUUUCGACGAGCAAGGAAAAGCUGCUCUGCACAUCGCUGCUGAAAACGGUCAUGCUGACAUUGUUGAUUAUCUUCUUCGCCACAAAGCCUUUGUCAACGCCAAAUCCAAGUUAGGAGUAACACCGCUUCAUCUGGCAGCAAUGAAAGGCUGGACCGAGAUCGUUCAACUGCUGGUGGAAAAAUACGAAGCUUCCAUUGACGCUUUGUCAUUGGCGAAAAGGACACCGCUUCACAUGGCUGCGCAAUACGGAAAACUGGAUAUUUGUGAUGUACUUUUGCGGAUGAAAGCGGACCCAAACGCAAAAGAUCAGAAAGGUCAAACCCCAUUACACCUGGCAGCUGAGACAGACAACGCUGCAAUUGUGGAGUUAUUCCUAAAAUCUUUGGCGGACACCAAUCCAAUGUCAAUGGUGGAUGAGAAUGGAUACACUGUGGCACACAUAGCAGCCAAGAAUGGGAGUAACGCCGUGGUCAAACUUCUCAUUGAUCACCAGAAGGAACAAGUGAUUAAUGCAAAAACCAAGACGGACGAGUCCACAGCUGUUCAUCUAGCGGCGGCAGGCGGUCACGCGGAAGUGGUCAAGAGCUUAAUAGAAGGCGGAGCUUCUCCAGUAGAUGAAAACGGGGAUGGAAUGACACCGCUCCAUCUGGCUGCCAAACAUGGUCACCUUUCUGUCUUAGAAGUGUUAAAAGACCUCGUUUCACUCAAAGUUUCCAGUAUCAAGACUGGAUUUACGGCACUGCAUCUUGCGGCCUUCUAUGGACAAGUAGACGUUGCCCGGGAAUUGUUAACGUCCGUCCCAGCUACGGUUGUCUCCGAACAGCCCACUGUUCACAAUUCGAUUGUUAGGGAAAUUGGCGCCGAACCCGGUCUGACGCCACUGCAUCUGGCUAGUCUCUCUGGUCAAGAAAACCUGGUGCGGUUAUUACUGAACUAUCCCGGAGUUCAAGUGGAUGCAGCGGCAGAAAACACUGGAAUGAUUCCGCUUCACAUGGCUGCAAUGCACGGUCAUCUGCCCGUCGUCGGUCUUCUGUUGAGUAAAUCAGCAACGCAACUGGAUAUUCGGGAUAAAAAAGGCCGUAACGCGCUAAUGUUAGCGGCCGCAGCUGGGCAUGAAGAAAUGGCGGCGCUGCUGAUUGGUCAAGGAUCCGAUGUCACAUCUGUAGACAACAACUCGUGGACCGCCUUACAUCAUGCUGCAAAAGCUGGCCAUUUAAAGGUCAUCAAAUUACUCAUCGACGCGGGUGCCUCCCCGACAGCCGUAACAAAAGACGGAAAAAUUGCCUUAUGCUACGCUGCUAGUGCUCAGAAAACCGACGUACUCACUUAUCUCAUCUUAAAAGACCACGACUGCUUUCUUUUGCUGGAAGACAAAGCGUUCAUGUUUGAUUUGAUGAACUGCGGUAAAUUGUUCCACCAGAAGGCGCUGGAAGACUUCAUUACCACUUCCCCGUCACCCGUGGAAAUUGCUUUAAAACUCUCUCGUUUUUAUAAAGAGCAGUCUUUUAGGGAGAAAGAGCUAGAGCGCGACUUGACCUUAGCCAGCAAGUUUUGUGAAACCUUAGGAAACGAUUUGUUGACCAUAUCAUGCAACCGUUUCAAUCCUGCUUUGGUGCUUCGUGCCACCGAUCAGUACGAUAAAUCCUUAAUGGACAUCUUAAUCGAUGGCAGCCAUAAGGAAGUUGUGUCGGAUCCGGCGGUUCAGCGUUAUUUGACCGACGUGUGGUACGGAAACGAGGAGUGGAGUGAUGCCAAAAGCAUAUCCUUGUUCCUGUCCUUUCUCAUAUGCCCGCCUAUCUGGUUCAUCUUUUCCCUUCCUCUGGGCCACAAAUACAAUUAUGUUCCUUUUAUGAAGUUGCUGUGCCACAUUGUUAGUCAUUUGUUCUUCAUUACUAUUUUGAUUCUGGUUUUUAUGUCGCCAUUUGAGCGACUCUUCGAUCGCCACGAUGCGUUUCCACGGUGGAGCGAAUGGGUUUUACUGGCAUGGUUGUUGGGAAAAUUUUUGGACGAGUUCAACACCGCAGAAGAGCGGCAAGGACUGGGAUGGAUAAGGGUUUUUGUAUUAGUUUUCUGUGGUUUAGCGAUUAUUAUUCAUGCUGCAGCUUUUCCAUUUGAUCCGCCCGUAGAAACGACACUGCUCUAUGUACGGAAUCAACUGUUUGCCACCGCAUGUUUAUUCGCUUGCGUACAGAUUGUCAACUACCUUUCCUUCCACUAUAUGUUCGGACCAAUGGGCAUAAUCAUUCGUGACCUUGUGAAGGAUCUUUUGCGGUUUUUAGUGGUUUUAGCGCUCUUCAUGAUUGGAUUUUCCUUUAGCCAUUCAGCAAUGUUUUUGGACACGGAAGAGUCGCCUACCUUUGACGGAUGGCAUUACAAUAAAACUGCGCCGAUGAUGGAUUUAUCGUAUGACCCGCUAGACAGUUUCCAGUAUUUAUAUUUUGCGCUGUUCGGUCUGGUUGACCCCACAAAAAUUCCCUUCCCUCCUCACAGUCCGGAAUUUUCCCCAACGCUGAUUAAAAUUUUAAUCAUGAUCUAUCUCAUGGUGACCAUGGUCGUGCUUAUUAACCUGUUGAUCGCCAUGUUAUCGGAUACAUACCAAAGGAUACAAGCUAGGUCAGAUUUAGAAUGGAAAUACGGCCGCGCAAAACUGAUUAUGAAUAUGGAUAAAUCAGCAAUUAGUCCGCCACCAGUUAACCUGAUUACCGUUUCCGGUGCCUAUUUAAUUCAGGGAACAAAAGCAUGUGUGUCCGCUGCUCGGAAACGCGGUAAGAGCGAAUCUACGGAAGAACUGGCACCAAGCGGCAAGGGAAGCCGCGAAGGCUCUCGCGUGUUAAACUGGAGCAACAGCUUUCAUGGCGCGGCCGAAGGUGGAGCUGCGCAGAAUUUCAGAAAAAUACCGGUAAAAAAACUAGUCGACGUGAUAGACUGGGAUGGCAUCGUGUCUGCUUAUCGCGGUGGAUCAGCUACCGAUUAUGAACCCGAUACAAAUACCAGCGUUUUAUUGGGACUGGAACACGAAAAUUAAUUUGCCGAUUACUGGCUGUCAGCUACAGUUUUAUACUUCAGUAUCUGUAUGUUCAGGUUUUCGAAAUUAAUGUGCUUUGGGUAAAACUGUGAUGAAAUAGCAAUCAUAUGGUUCAUAAUGGUUGUAAACGGUGCGUGAUGAACGCACUUUGUUAUAAUAUGAUUACAACACUAGUUUGCAAUAACGGCA